AGCCUGGACAGUUGUCGACGGUGCAGCCUUGCUUCAUGGUGUAAGAAAUGGCUGUAGGAAACAACACUCAGCGAAGUUAUUCCAUCAUCCCAUGUUUUAUAUUUGUUGAGCUUGUCAUCAUGGCCGGGACAGUGCUGCUUGCCUACUACUUCGAAUGCACUGACACUUUUCAGGUGCACAUCCAAGGGUUCUUCUGCCAGGAUGGAGACUUAAUGAAGCCUUACCCGGGGACGGAGGAGGAAAGCUUCAUCACCCCUCUGGUGCUCUAUUGUGUGCUGGCUGCCACCCCGACUGCUAUUAUUUUUAUUGGUGAGAUAUCCAUGUAUUUCAUCAAGUCAACCCGAGAAUCUCUGAUUGCCCAGGAGAAAACAAUUCUAACCGGAGAAUGCUGUUACCUGAACCCCUUACUCCGAAGGAUCGUAAGAUUCAUAGGGGUAUUUGCGUUUGGGCUUUUUGCUACUGACAUUUUUGUAAACGCCGGACAAGUAGUCACUGGGCACCUAACGCCAUACUUCUUGACGGUGUGCAAGCCGAACUACACCAGUACGGACUGCCGAGCCCACCACCAGUUCAUAAACAAUGGGAACAUUUGUACCGGGGACCUGGAAGUGAUCGAAAAGGCUCGGAGAUCCUUUCCUUCCAAACACGCUGCCCUGAGCGUUUACUCCGCCUUAUAUGCCACGAUGUACAUCACAAGCACAAUCAAGACGAAGAGCAGCCGACUGGCCAAGCCCGUGCUGUGCCUCGGGACCCUGUGCAUGGCCUUCCUGACGGGCCUCAACCGGGUCUCUGAAUACAGGAACCACUGCUCCGAUGUGAUCGCGGGCUUCAUUCUGGGCACUGCGGUAGCCCUGUUUCUGGGAAUGUGUGUGGUCCAUAACUUUAAAGGAACACAAGGAUCUCCUUCCAAACCCAAACCCGAGGAUCCCCGUGGAGUGCCCCUAAUGGCUUUCCCAAGGAUAGAGAGCCCUCUGGAAACCUUAAGUGCACAGAAUCACUCUGCCUCCAUGACCGAAGUUACCUGAGACGGCUGAUGUGUCACAAGCUGGUUUGUGUUUUUUUUAAUCACCCUCUAAUUCAAUACUUCAAGACACACAGUUACUCAAUGUCAAACUGUGAAGACAAGUAUUAUGUUUAUCUAGUUAGAGGCUAAUGUUUUGUACAUUUUUGUAUGAGGAAGUGAUGUAGCUUGCCCUGAUUUUUUUUUUUUUUUUUUUUUUGGUCAGCUUUAAUAUAUUUAUGCCAGAAUUUCAAACCAACAAAAUUUUCUUCUUGUUCAAGUGUGCAUUGAAGAACCACAUUUAUUCAAUGAUUGAUGUUGUUUUGUGAUAUUUGUACACAGAUCUUUUCUCAGUUUUAUAGACACAGAAAUAAAAUUAAUAUUAACAAUUCACUUUAACCGGUUAUCAUCACAGUUGCUGCCUCCUCCAGAAUUUUUGAAUAUUAAUGAAAGUUAACUUUUGAGUUGCAGGGUGGACAGUGUUGGAUAAUGGCAAAUGUCAAAAUCAAAUUGUACAGAAAGAAAUAUUACUUUCAAAAAGAGCUUGGUGUUCUGAUCUCUUCAUAUGUCAUUGCAUUCUAAGUUAAAGUAAUAUAUUAAUGAAGUCACCUCGUUACACAAACAAUUGGCAGAAAAAUCCUGAAUUUGAGGGGUAUUGAGAUUAUAUGAUUCUUUCUUAGACAAUGGUCUCUCCCAUCUACGAAACUCAAGAUGAUUCUGGAAUUAUGCCCUUGGGUAGGCAUGUGACCCUAGCUUUCUUUCAAAAGCAGCCAGCACCAGCCUCCCCUGUCAACUCAAUAGUUUUGUAUAUCAUAUUGUAUGGACUUUAUAUGAAAAUGAAUAUUUUACAGUUUGCACAGUAUUAUUUUACAGAAAGGUUAUUAUCAGAGCAUCUACAACCCAGAGCCCAGAGCAACAGCUUGAUUUUGUGGCUUUUAAUUGUUCUAGAAUUUUAACUGCAUCUCAUUUUUCUAGCAUGGUGAUAACCGAUGUGACA